UUCCUUUUCUUUUACAAGAGUUCCCUACCUUUCCAAUCUGCAAAUUAUUUUCUUGGGUUUCCUUCUGAAUUUCUUUAUCAAUUCUGGGUAAUUCUCAGUUUUUUCUUUAAUGAUCACAUGAUAUGUUUUUGAUGCUCAGUAGUUUAAGCUUACUUUUUCCAAUUCUUCAAAGUCAUAAACUUUCUUGAUUUCAGUUAUUUUUGUCAAUGGGAUUGUGCCAUGGAAAGCCAAUUGAGACCCACAAAAAUGAAUCAUCAAACAGUCACACUGAAGGUGAGCCACAAGAAUCACAGACAAGUAAAGCUUCUAAAUUUCCAUUUUAUAGUCCAAGUCCAUUACCAAGUCUGUUCAAGAACUCGCCGGCAAUAUCAAGUGUCAGCUCCACUCCACUGCGUAUUUUCAAGAGGCCGUUCCCUCCUCCUUCUCCUGCAAAGCACAUUCGUGCAUUGCUUGCUAGGAGGCAUGGCUCUGUUAAGCCUAAUGAAGCCUCUAUUCCUGAAGGUAGUGAGUGUGACGUUGGUUUGGACAAAAACUUUGGGUAUUCUAAUCAGUUUGUGAGUCAUUAUGAACUUGGUGAAGAAGUGGGUCGGGGUCAUUUUGGGUACACUUGCUCUGCUAAGGCCAAGAAAGGUAGCAUGAAAGGCCAGGAAGUUGCUGUUAAAGUUAUUCCCAAGUCUAAGAUGACAACUGCAAUUGCCAUCGAGGAUGUUAGACGAGAAGUGCAAAUAUUGAGAGCUCUAACUGGGCAUAAGAAUCUCGUGCAGUUUUAUGAAGCCUACGAAGAUGAAGACAAUGUCUAUGUUGUGAUGGAGUUGUGCAAAGGUGGUGAGCUAUUGGAUAGGAUUCUAUCAAGAGGUGGUAAAUACUCUGAGGAAGAUGCAAAGGUGGUUAUGGUUCAGAUACUAAGUGUAGUUGCCUACUGUCAUCUCCAAGGGGUGGUUCAUCGAGAUCUCAAGCCGGAGAACUUUCUAUUCAGUACUACAGAGGAUAAUUCUCCAUUGAAAGCCAUUGAUUUUGGACUGUCUGACUAUGUAAAGCCAGAUGAAAGGUUGAAUGACAUUGUAGGAAGUGCGUAUUAUGUAGCUCCUGAAGUUCUACAUCGAUCAUAUGGAACCGAAGCAGACAUGUGGAGUUUGGGUGUGGUUGCUUAUAUCAUUCUAUGUGGAAGCAGACCCUUUUGGGCCCGGACAGAAUCUGGCAUCUUUCGAUCUGUUCUCAAAGCGGAUCCAAGUUUUGAUGAAGCUCCUUGGCCUUCUUUAUCCCCUGAGGCAAUAGAUUUUGUGAAGAGGUUACUGAACAAGGACUAUCGUAAAAGAUUGACUGCUGCCCAGGCCCUGAGUCAUCCAUGGUUAGCCAAUCAUGAUAUAAAGAUCCCAUUAGAUAUGAUAGUACACAAGCUUGUAAAAGCUUAUAUCUGCUCUUCUUCUCUAAGGAAAUCUGCCUUGGGGGCUUUGGCAAAGACAUUAACUGUAGCUCAGCUAGCUUAUCUCCGUGAACAAUUUACACUAUUAGGGCCAGGAAAAAACGGAUUCAUCUCCAUGUCGAAUUUCAAGACGGCAGUUAUAAGGAACUCCACGGAUGCCACAAAGGAUUCAAGGGUCCUUGAUUUUGUAAGCAUGGUUAGUUCUCUCCAAUAUAAAAAAUUGGAUUUUGAAGAAUUUUGUGCAGCUGCAAUUAGCGUGCAUCAGCUAGAAGGAAUGGACGGCUGGGAGCAACAUGCAAGGCGUGCCUAUGAGCUGUUUGAGAAAGACGGCAAUAGACCUAUUAUGAUCGAGGAACUGGCCUCGGAGCUUGGUCUUAGUCCAUCAGUACCAGUUCAUGUGGUUCUCCAAGACUGGAUAAGACAUUCAGAUGGCAAGCUGAGUUUCUUAGGGUUUGUGAGGCUUCUUCAUGGGGUUUCUUCUCGCACAUUUCAGAAAUCUUAGGACAUGUAUCACAUCUGAAACUCCGUCUUUUCCAGCAUAUGUGCUCUUCUCGAGCUAAAAGUAUAGCAAUGGGAGAAACGGCUUGCCCAUUUUUACCUGAAACAAGAAUGUGUUUCCAAGAUCAUUAUGGAAGGUGCUGCAAGUUCAAGAGUAAGAUGGUUCAGCAUGGCUUGCUAAACGAGCGGCGGCUUAUGUUCUCGUUUUGUUUUUAUCUAUAUGAAGUGUAUUUGUUUCCCUUUACCAUGAUUGAUGCCACUGAGAUUAGAUGAUUGUACAGAAGAGGUUAGAUGAAAGUAUGUAUUUAGCGCAGCAACAGCUCCAAUCUGAUUUUUUUUUUUUUGUGUUCAUUUUUGUUCUAUGUUGUGUAUCUUUCACCCCUAGGUUCUCUAAUAAAUUUAUCACGGAAUCUGCGUGUUAUGCUACCAAACUAUCAUUACUAUUCAAAGUCUAAACUCAUACAAGGACUCCUGUAUUAUAUGUUUUUUAGUUAACUGGUCGCUAUAAUUUAUGUUU